AUGGAAAAUAAGUUUGAGUAUAAAUAUAAAGAUCCAAAUGAUUGGAGUAUCGAAGAUACCAAAUCAUGGCUACAUGAUUUUAAAAAGAGAUCUCCGCAGUUAAAAGAUGUAGAUUUAACAAAAUUCGAAUGGAGUGGGGAUCAAUUAAUGUUAUAUUCAUUAGAAGAUUUUCAAAGUAUGUCACCAUUUGGUUUAUCACUAUACCGUAAUCUUCAUAGUUUAUCAAAAUCAGAAUGGAACAAAAGUUUGAAGAAUGGUAGAAAUAUUGAAGAAUAUAAUAUAAGUAAAGAUCUUAUAGAAAGAGAAAUAGUAGAUAGAACAGUUUUAAUUAGAAUUGGGACAAAAAAUACAUUUAUUUCGUUAGGAUGUGGUGUUAGAAUUGGUAGUAGUUUAAUUUUAACAUCAAAGCAUGUUGUUCAUCAUGCAGAUUUCCCACAGGAUAAGGUUUUAUUUAAUAUUGGUGUCUCAAAACCAAUGAAAUGGGUAUCAGCAAAACUUUUAGAGAUGACAACUGAAAAUGAUGACUUUGACUUAGCUCUUUUAGAAAUUUAUGAUGAAGAAAGUGUUUUUGACCACAUUUUAGAUAGUAGUAAAUCAAAACAAACAAACUCACCAAACAAAAGAUUAUCAAGUAACGAACCAUCAUCCUCCUCAUCAUCCUCUUCUAGUAAUAGCAAUAUUAAACAGCAACACGAUCAUAAAGAAAAUGCAGAUGGAUUUUAUGAAAAGAAUCAUGUAGUAAAUAGUAGCGAAUAUACAAAGCCAAACUAUGACUAUCAGCAUUUAGAUGACAAUGAAAAAGAGAAACAAAAACAAGAUUUUGAAAAAGUUAUUAGUAUUAACUCAAUUAGCUUCCAUGACAUCAAUGAAGGAAUUCUUUGUAAAGAUAUAAUCUUAUGUGGUUUUCCAAAAGAAAGAAUUCCAAAAGUUUUAAUUUCAGAUUUUAAAAUAAAUGUUCCACCUGUAACACCCUCAAUUGAAAAGGGAUAUGUUUCAUUCUCUGACGAGAGAUUAAUUGAAGUUCAAUCCGUACCAGAACCUGGAUAUUCUGAAUCAUCGGUUAUUUUUAGUACAAGUGAUGCCAGGUUAGUUGGUAUAGUAAAAUCCCAAUAUAUUACCAAUCCAUAUAAAUACUAUGUCACCCCAGGUAUUCAAAUUAAAAAUUGGUUAAAUACAACAUUAAGAAAACAUAACAUUAAUAAUUUAUCCUUUUAAAUUUAAUUAUUAAUAAUACCAAUUAAAAAAAAAAAAAUAAAAAAAAAAAAAUAAAUAUUAAUUUAUAAGAG